AUGGAAGAGAAGGAUCUCAAUUUGAUUGAAAAGGAUAAACUUGACGUGGAGACCGAUAAGUUAAAAAACGAAAACGCCAAGUACAUGGAGACACACCCAGAGCUGCGGGACUUGUUGAACGACUUCAUAUCCUCCGCUUUGUUACAUACACCGGACGAUAUUUUUAAGUACGCGAAUGAAUAUUUUUCUUACUUUAAAAAGAAAGCAAACGAAGUAGCAGAAACGUGCGCUGUGAUUAUGUACCUGCGCAAGUACCACUAA